AUGGCGUCCGCCGACGUUCUCAGCCCAGCAAACACCGAAGCACCCCAUCAAAAACGCCAGAUCCCAUCAUCCGCCAUCGCCAACAUCGACACCAUCGAGGGUCUGGCAGACUCAGACGAUCAAUAUGCGACAUACAAGAAGCUUCAGCGACAGCUGGAGUACAUCAAGCUGCAAGAAGAGUACAUCAAGGACGAGCAGCGGAGUCUGAAGCGGGAGCUGGUGCGAGCACAGGAAGAGAUUAAGCGGAUACAGAGUGUGCCGCUGGUCAUCGGGCAGUUCAUGGAGGCAAUCGAUCAGAACACCGGCAUCGUUCAGUCAUCGACGGGCAGCAACUACGUGGUGCGGAUAUUGAGUACUCUGGAUCGGGAGCUGUUGAAGCCGAGCUCGAGUGUGGCACUGCACCGACAUUCCAACAGCUUGGUGGACAUUCUUCCACCUGAAGCCGACAGCAGCAUUGCUAUGCUUGGCGCGGAUGAGAAGCCCGAUGUCACUUAUGCAGACGUGGGUGGUCUGGACAUGCAGAAGCAGGAGAUUCGGGAAGCCGUCGAGCUGCCACUUACCCAGUUCGACCUGUACAAGCAGAUCGGUAUCGACCCACCUCGUGGUGUGCUGCUCUACGGACCUCCUGGAACUGGAAAGACUAUGCUGGUGAAGGCUGUGGCGAAUAGCACGACUGCCUCAUUCAUUCGUGUUGUUGGGUCGGAGUUCGUCCAGAAGUACUUGGGAGAGGGUCCUCGUAUGGUGCGUGACGUGUUCAGAAUGGCCAGAGAGAACAGCCCCGCCAUCAUCUUCAUCGACGAGAUCGACGCCAUUGCGACGAAGCGUUUCGAUGCACAGACUGGUGCAGACAGAGAAGUCCAACGCAUUCUGCUCGAACUGCUGAACCAGAUGGACGGCUUCGACCAGACUUCAAACGUCAAGGUCAUCAUGGCCACGAACAGAGCUGACACCCUGGAUCCGGCUCUGCUGCGCCCUGGACGUCUCGACCGAAAGAUCGAGUUCCCAUCCCUGCGUGACCGCCGUGAGAGACGAUUGAUCUUCAGCACCAUUGCAUCCAAGAUGAGCUUGUCUCCAGAGGUCGACCUCGACUCACUCAUCGUCCGCAAUGACCCGCUUUCCGGUGCCGUGAUCGCGGCAGUCAUGCAGGAAGCUGGUCUCCGAGCUGUGCGAAAGAACCGAUACAACAUCAUCCAGCAAGAUCUUGAGGACGCAUACACGAGCCAGGUCAAGGGCGCAAGCGAGGCGGACAAGUUCGACUUCUACAAGUAG